AAAUUCUUACAGUAGACAUCACGUCGAGACCCGUCUUGCAUCAGUCGAUCAUUCAACAUAAAAUGCGGCAGUGAAUGCAUGGCCGUGUUAAGAUAUACCUGCAGUUUAUUACAACACUUUCAAGAUGAUGCAGAGUUUUAACCUACUCGUCUUUGUCGGUAUUAGCGCGGCGUUUUUGUCCUUUACAUCAGCACACAGCGCCUACGACAGCUGCACAUCUGCCAGCGACUGCCCAGCGACGACUACCUGUCGGUGUAAUGGCGACAACGGCUACCAAUGUCUGUGUGACCCGGGAUACGUGGUGGGCAAGGAGGGACAUGAAUGCGUCAUCGCCUCGAGGCUUGGCGAGGCCUGUAACGCAAGCACUAAGUGCGUGAACACUCUCACCUAUUGCAACUCAGCCUCCGGCGUCUGUGAAUGUCUGGCAUACCACCGACUCUCAGCCAACGAGGAUGCCUGUGUCUUUCAAGGCACGCUAGCCAAUGGGGAAGCGUGUGACACAACUGCCGUGUGCUUUGAUGUCUUGGGGGAGUGCAAGAGCAAUCUUUGCGGUUGUCGGGAUGGCUUCCGGCUGAAGAAUGAGGCCGAAUUUUGGGCGGAGCCUGAGAGCAUCGUCGGUUGUGUGGCAGAUUCGUUUGUGCUCGAAAACCCAGUACUAUGCCCGGUAACAACAACUGAAUCCACGACUACAACGCCUACAACAUCUGCUACGUCCACGGCCACGAGUACAACGUCUGACACAACAACAGAUUCAACGACACAGACUGCCAGUUCAACAACGGACACAACAGCUACUACAGCCACUACGGAGACUACAGAUACUACAGCUACUACGGAAACUACAGAUACUACAGCUACUACGGAAACUACGGACACUACAGCCACUACACCAACGACAACGACAGUUCAGACAACUAUCACAGUUAAGGUCUUUGAUGUGUGCACUGGUGAUGCCGAGUGUCCUGGCGACUCCUCCUGCAGCGUCAGAGGCUGUGCAGGAUCAGUCUGCAUGUGCAACACUGGCUUCGUGGCGACCAGGGACAGAACAGCGUGCUUCCAAGGCAAGCUCAUCAACGACGCAUGCGAUGACACCUCCCAGUGCGUCCCCUUUUUGUCAUACUGUGACGGAACCUGCAAAUGUUCAAGCUAUGUCCGAAAAACCAACCGGAUGACUUGCGCUAUAAAGGGAUUCUGGGUAAUUGGGGAAGCUUGUGGUCACGUCAGCGAUUGCCUUGAUCCCAACGCCCUUUGUACGAGGGACGGGGUGUGUCAGUGUAAGACUGGAUACAGAACAAAGACGGAUAAAGAGUUCUGGGACAACCCGUAUGACAGGACGGACUGUGUCAAGGUUGACUUCUCACUCGAAGAGUGUGUGACAUCUACAACGACACAAACACCUACAACGACUAUUGCAAGAGACAAAAAGAUAUCUGAGAUCUGCGCGGUGAGUGAUCAGUGUCCCCUCAACUCCGCUUGUGAGAAGGUGAGGUGCGGUCAGCCGGUAUGCAGGUGCCAGCCCAGCUUCAGAGCCAACUCAGACAAUACGGCAUGUGUCGCAGCAUCAAAAGUUGGAGAGGCCUGCACAAAGUCCACGGAGUGUACGGACACCAAGUCCUCCUGUGCUGGGGGCGUGUGUAUCUGCCUCCCCUGGACGGUGCGCUCCACCACGGGGUGCGUGUACUGGUUCCAGAGGACUGUGGGCCAGUACUGUGGGUUGAGGGGCCCCUGCGCCGACCCUAACGCCGAGUGCAGCAGGUCAGCUGGGUGUGUAUGUAGGACAGGCUACCAUCUGAAGACGGAUCCGGAGUUUUGGCUGGACCCCACCGACACCAAUGAAUGUGCUGUUGAUGUGACUUCACAAGGCUGUCCGACUGACGCUGCGGGGCGCAACGUUGGUGAUGCGGCGUUUGCCAAACCAGUGUUCCUCCCACCACAACCCUUCGUCAUGGACCCCUUUACCUCCGCCACGUCGCCAUUGACGUUCUCGUCUGUGACCUUGACCUUCCUCUUGACGGUCACUCUGCUGGCAUGUUUGGAUUAAUUUGUAUCGAAAAAAUGUGAUUAUUUUGUUUAAUAAAUGCAGCAAUGAAACGUU